GAUAAUAGGUGUUUUAGUUUUAUGUUGGACCUAACUUUUACUAAUUACCAUACAUACAAAACAUGUUUUGGUGAUGGGGCCCUAAUAGCACUUCGGUGCACAUCGUCGCACAAUGUGCUAAUUGGUUCAACUGCGCACAUGGCCAUUUUGAAAAAAACCGGGUGAAGUCGUCGAAUAUAUACAAAGUUUAGGAUAAGCUAGAAAUAUGAUGGACCUUUUGAAACAGAUCCAGUCAAUGAAAGUCAAAACUUUUCUAACUAUAGUUGGAGGAUUAUGGCUUGCAGCACUUACCAUGACCUACAUUUAUGUUGAAACGUACGAAUUCACAAAGAUAUCAGAUGAUUCUGUCAUUCACCAAAAGGAAUGCUUGGACAAUUUCUUAAAAGUCUUUGAGGAUCAUAAAAUACCAAUGAUAUUGUUUGAUACUGAUAUUUUACCGAGACUUUUUCAAUCUAUGCCUCGUUCAUGGCAUGACAGUGAGCAUAAGUGUAAGACUCUCUGCAAGUUUCACCCUGAGGAGAAAAACGUUAUUACAUUUGCAAUACAAGGUACUAAGUUCCAUGGGCUUGAGGAGUCUAUUCAAAAAGAACUGAACCGUCGUGGGUUUACCACACACAUUACCAUGGUGGCUGAUCCAAGGUACCAAGAGAAAGGCAAGCCUACACUUAUUCCUUCUUACUUCUGGGCAGCGAAAAAGGAUCACGUCAUUCAUAUUGCUUUUCUGUAUGAUCGCAUGACCACAUACUUAUGGCUUGCACCAGUCAGUCCUAAAGAUUGGAAAGACACAGUAGAUGUAUUGGCACCAGCUUUAUCUGAUGGCUGGCAUAGCAUGGAAAGAAUUGGAGCUAAAUUUCCCACAUAUGCUCAAGCUAUUGAUAAAGGUUCACAUUUUCUCAGCUUUCCACUCACUAUAGACGGCCACAAAAUAUCUGUUCCUUAUCAUAUAGAUAAGUUUCUGAAGCAAUACAAGACAUCGCGCUUCAUAGAAUGCAACCAUAAGAGGGCCCAACAUUUCAAGGAUAAAUUUGAAUCAAAACUUACAGAAAAAGAUAAAAAUUUCAAAGCAUCUGCAAAGAAAGUGGUGGCAACUGCCAAAAAAGUUUUGGAUAAACUAAAUAUUCCAUUCUGGUUGAGCAGCGGGACUUGUCUGGGUUGGUUUCGUCAGUGUGAUAUCAUCCCAUAUAGCGUUGAUGUGGACUUUGGGGUUCGGAUUGAAGAUUACGAUCCCAAACUUAUCAAACGCAUGGAAAGAGCCGGCCUGCCAUUGAAAAAUAAAUUCGGAUUUCAAAAUGACAGCUUCGAGCUUUCGUUUAUUUCAGAAGAAGGUGUCAAACUUGAUAUUUUCUUUUUUUAUGAAUCAAAGAAUUUUAUGUGGAACGGGGGAACACAAGCUCAUGAUGGCAGAAAGUAUAAAUAUCUGUUUCCCAAGAUCACGCUUUGCUGGACUGAGUUUGUGGGUUUAAAAGUUCGCAUACCUUGUGAGGCGAGGUCUUAUAUUGAAGCUAACUAUGGACAUAACUGGAUGGUCCCUGUUAAGCAGUGGCAGUGGAACUUGAGCCCACCUAAUGUAGUUACCAAUGGAAAAUGGGAGGACUCUGAAAUGGAAGAGGCGGUCCAGAUUUAUGAGAUUGACUUUACAAAAAUAAAGAAGAAGAAAAAAGAUGACGAGGAUCAUGAGGAAGAUUACGAUGAUUAUGAUGAUGAAGAGGACGCACCCCCGGCACAAUGAUAAGAAAAUCUUUCAGCAAUUUCAUUUGUUUGUUUAAAAUUAUUGUUGUUAAAUAAUGUUCCCGUUUUACAUUGUUUUUCGUUACUGUUGGUUUUGUUCAAAUGUUCUUUCACGCAUUACUGGCAUUGACAGGCAACCACUGUGAAAUAUUUUACACCAACUUACAUUUACUUACUGUUUAGUGUUCUUAUAUGCCAAGUUUUCUGACAUCUUACACUGCUACAUAUUACGUAAUGUUUCUUUGCAAUUGAAGGUUUUUCUAUAACAAAUUUCGUUUUUAAACUUCGUUACACUGUUGGUUUGCUUUCAGAAA